GGUAAAGGAACUGGUACCAGUAAACCACGAAGACAAAGCGUGAGUCACAAAGAUCCUGAGGUUGUCCUUGUUGAUCACAUUCGACCUGAUUGGAACAGAAUGCUGGAUGUCUCAAGAGCUGCCCCGGGUUCUCGUCGAAACUCGGCUACUCAAGCCAAUUCCACAAGAAGCAGAGGCGUAGGUGGAGCGAUAGGUUCCAUCAUGACUCGACCUGGUCGGUCUGCUUCUUCAGCAGCUUCUAACGAAUAUUUUGUUUCGGCUGCCAUGCGCCGAAUGAAUUUACAAAAUAUGGACUUAGAGGAUCUCAUGGUGAUGGAAGCCGUUCGAUUGUCGUUGCUUGAAGAGGAAGAGCGUCGACGAACUCAACAACAACAGCAAUCAGAGCAAUCGGCAUCAUCUGAUACUGCAAACACAACUGAGCAGAAUCGACGACGAACACAGAACGACAGUGAGAUUCUCGAAGGAGUAAAUGAAGAAGAGGAUGACGAUGAUGAGCCGUUAUUCAAUUCUGUCGUCAAUGGUAUGCGCGAACGGCCGGAACCAGCAGCAGAUGGGCAAGGUAACCAUGUCGCACCUUCCCCCAAUAUUGUCGAUGCACCCCUCCAAAUGGUACCUACCACCGAACCGACGUCAGAAUUGGAUAUCGUGGAAUUGCCAGCUUUCGAUUCAACAAGCAAUGGAAGUACUGAGAGCAGAGAUCAAAAAUCUUUGCUCGUUGUAGAAGGUGAAGACCAUUCACACUUGGACAGUGUGUCGUCUCUAUAAGGUUUAUCUUAUUUCUACAUUUCAUGCAUCCCCUCGAUACCAGUUUUCUUUUCUGUCUUUCUCUUUUAUGCUCUUCUGUAUUUGCAUCCCUUUAUACAUUUGCUUCUACAUGUACAUUUUACAUUCUCGCUUUCAUCUUGCUACCAUAAAGGAUACGUAUGUUUUGUAUAUCGCUUUGCUGGGCACCAUUGUGUUAAUGCCGUUUUGUUCAGGCCAAAAAAAAAUUUAAAAAG